AUGGAGCAGCAAUUCAUACUGAGACUGCAUGAAUCCAUCAGACAUGUGGUUGACUUGAAGGAGUCACUAAUAGAUAUCCAGAGUAAUGGAAAGGUGGUCUUGACUCACAAGCUCAAGAAGUACCCGGGUAUCAUUGUAAGACUGCCUUGUAUUGUUGAAUCACAGAAGAGCAUGGACAACAGGCAGUACUAUAAGGUUGCAGAUAUAUCAACAUUAGUGAUUGUGUAUCCACAUGAUGGGUUUGAUUUUGACAGGGAGCGUGAGAUACACGAGAUGUGUGGAUUGAGUCCUCCACUGAAGUAUGCAAAGGCAAGACGGUUCAGAAAGCGAAGCAACAAGAUUGAACAUGUUGAAGAGAUUGAGAAGAGGGUGAAUGAGCUGCUAGAGAAGGACAUCCGAGCCAAGAGUGUUGAGAUUGUGUCGAAGGAUGACAAGGAGGUUUCUGACGACCUGGAUACGCUUGCAGCAGAAAUUGAAAACAAGUUUGUAGAUAAGAUUGAAGUGCACGAUAAGAAUGUCCGGGAUGAAUCAGAUGCCCAUGCAGAGCUUAUUGAAACUGAGGAGAAGCCGAAACAACCACGGAACAAGGAGCUAGAAAGCCUUGAAGCGAGUGUGGAGGAGAAGAGGAAGCAGGUUGAGAAUGCACUGAAUCCCAUCCUUAAGAAGAGAUUUGAGUUUCAGCUUUGUACACUUUUAAGUGAGUUAGAAGAGCUUAAGAAGCGACUAGGCAUUGAAUGA